CUUUCAAGAAAACCACGAUCGCGAGGCGAGCGAAGAAACCGAAGAGAAAAGGACAAAUCUGCCUUCAUUUUAGUCUCGAUUUGACGUGAAUCAUCGUCUAACUCCACAAGCAGCGUGUCUGUGAUCGUGCGAGGGAUAUUCCUCCCGUGGAGCAACAAACCCGCAAUGGAUCCGCGGAUGGUAGCUUUGUGGUUCAUGGCGCUGUGUGUGCCACCGUGUACCGCUCCGCCUGCUUCAACCAGCCCCGCAGUUACAGCCAGGUCUCCUGUCUCUGUGGCUCGUGGUCAUGCAACCACGUUGCCAUGCUGGCUCAGUCAGCAGCAAAGUGCAGAGGAUCUGGAGGUACGCUGGUAUCGUACAGGUGGCUUUGAUACCCCAGUACUGCAUUACCAGUCAAAAGCAUUAAAGGUCCCUCAGGAAGCUUCGUACUUUGGCCGAGUCUCUUUUGGACUCAAGGAUGCAGCGUCCGGCGGGCUGAAGACAGGUGAUGUGAGCCUGAAGCUGCUGAAUGUCACAACUGAGGAUGCAGGAGAGUACAUUUGUUAUGUCAGCAGUAGCCAAGGUUAUGACAGUGCGACUGUUAAGCUCCUUGUGACAGAGACGGGAGGUCAGCCCUUUCUAUCAGCAGUGUGGACAGAAGAUAAAGGGGUGAAUGUGAGCUGUGAAUCUGAAGGCUGGUAUCCACAGCCUGUGCUGCGCUGGUCAGACAAGAAUCAGGAUCUGACCCCUGGAGGUCUGCUGUACAGAAAUGUCUCCUCUGGACUUAUUUCAGUCCACAGUUGGUGUCUUCUUCCACCCUCCUCUGAGCUUUCCUGCUCAGUCGGUCUACCUGGAAAAGAGGCAAAGGAGGCCAAAGUGCACCUGGAACCUGCUAGAAUAGGGUCAGGAUCCUCAUCAGAAUCCUCGGUUGGUGGAUGGGUGGCCUUUGCACUGCUUCUUGUUGCCACAUUAGUGGCAGCUGCAGUUGGAGCGCUGUACUACAAAAAGAAAGUUAAAAAACACCAAUCAGACCAAAUUGAUGGGAAGAACUACAAAAGUGUCAACCCUGAAGAGAAUGAAAAACUUUUAAAUGAAGAAGUGGGGCGUCUUUCAGAAGCUAGCGGCCAUCAUGUAAACGUUACACUUGAGGACACACACAACCCAUACCUCACAGUUAAAAGCAAGAGAGUAAGAGAUGCCAACGUUUAUGAUGUUCCUGAUGGGCGUUUUCCUGAUGGAGACAUGGUUACCUGCCUCACUGCUAUCAAAGGAACACCUGGCUUCUCUUCCGGAAAACACUACUGGGAGGUUUCUUUGGGGAAAAAUCAAACAGGAAUCAAACAGUCCUGGUGGGUAGGAGUUACAAGUGCAGCUAAAAUUCCUGCUAAUUCUAACGUUUCUCCAAACACAUCUAAUGGUUUCUGGUUCCUGUCCUCCUCCCCUAAGAGAGCCGAUAGUUUUCAGUUUAGCACAGAACCAAAGAUUUUAAUACCUGUGCGUUCCAGACCGCAGACAGUCGGAGUGUAUUUGGAUCGUGACAGUGGUGAGAUUUCAUUUUAUAAUGUGGAAGAUAAACGUCUAAUUGGAUCAUUCACAGCUACAUUCAAUGGUGACAUCUUUCCAUUAUUCAACCCUGGGAAAGGUGAUAAAUCACCUAUGGAAAUAAUACAGAGGGAAGCAAACUGUACAGAUUAAGCUUGAAAUCUGCCGGAAUGAAUCUUAAUAUCCUGAGUGAGGAAAGCACUCUGCACAGAUUACUGAAACCAGUCUAAACAUCAUCUUUUUAUGUGCAGAUCAGAGAAAAGUAUUGAAUGACCUCACAUUAUUUUUAUACAGAGUUCUCUGAGUUUGGGUUAUUUUUACAGUUUAAGGUAAAACUGACAACUUGGAGCUCAUAUUAACUCUAACUCCAGGGCAAAAGAGGUCGUUUUUAUGGCUGCAACAUGUAUAAUUUUAAGUAAAUAUACUUGAAGUGUUAAACUGAAUUUGGCUUGAUCAGUUUUUUUGCGUACCGUAUAAUAAGUUAACCAAUGUCUUUAUUACAUCUGUGUGCAGGCAAACAAGCAAGCAAACAUUUAUUCAUUUAGCACCUUUAAUUUUAAGUGGAAGCAAAACGCUUAUCAAAACAUGUCACAACAACCUGAAAGACAUAAAUAACCACAAUUAAAACAAGCAUGUAUAUAAUUUAAAUGAGUUAAAACAUUUUCAAAUAAUUAAGAAGGGAAAUCAGGCCAUUAAAAAUGAGAAAGUAAGACUAAAAUAGGAUUAAAUGCAAUGAAGACUAAGAAAAGAAAAUAGAUAAAAGGAGUUAUAAGAUCUGAAAGAUUGAAUGUUGAUAGAAAAUCACUAAAAGUUAUCAAUGAAUUCACAUUGAUAAUAAACAGAAAUUAAAUUAAAUAAUAUUUAAGGCUGGCAAACCAGAUUAAAAGUGUCUUCACGUAGUUUUCAAUAAUUUCAGUGUGAUCCAGAUAAGCUGGUUUGCAGUGCCAGAUUACUUAGGACCUGAAAAUGAGCAGAACAUUUUAAAAUCAGCUGUAAAAUUUAGUGGAAUGAGCGGGGCACCUGUGAUAUAAACUGUGGCAGCUUAUUCUGAAAUUCUGCUUGAUGAUUAUUUGAUUAUUUGGAUAUUUCUGUGUGUUCCUAUGCUCCAGCCAAUUGUAAAUAAAUAUUUUCAUGUAAUCCUGGGAUAAAAAGCUUCUCACAUUGGAGAUAUUUCUUAAACGAUAAAAUCCAGGUUAAAAUCUCCUGUUGAUGUUACUCUGGAAAGUGAGGUCAGUGUCCAGAAUGACAGAACGGUUAAAAAGAAAUUUUCUGUCUCAUUUUUUUUUCUCAUGAUGCCAGACUUUGUCUUUUUCUGCAAAAAAUACUAAACAUCCAGCCAUCAAUCUCUGACAGUGUUUCAGUAGUGCAGUGGUUAUGCAAUUGGAUUAAAUUAUCUUAAUUAUAGGCUUCAUAGGCCCUCCCCAUGGCUAUCAAUUAAUUUCACAGAUCUCUCUUGCAAAUGAGACACUGAGAGUCUCAAUGGGACUACCUGUAUAAAUAAUUGUUAACUAAAAAAUAAGAAUUAUUAUUAUUGAUAGUAUAUCAGUGUAACAAGCAAAAAAUACUACAAGAUACUAAAAUACUACUAAAAAUAAUAAUAGAAUCAAAUUGACUACACAUCCAGUUAUCAGUCUCAGAGAGUUUCAGUAGAGCAGAGAUCAUUGUGGUCAUUGAUAAGCUGACACUGUGAUAAUAAUGGGGAACACCACAGUUCUGUAUAUAGUAGUUUGUAUACCAUAUGAUUGCAGUGUGUUUGGCCUGGUUAGUCUUACAGUUGUUAUCCGCAGGGUUAUAAUAGUUUUGGAUUUUACUUUAUAGUUUAGUUUUAGUUAGUUUUUACUUUUUUUUCUCUAAUUCAGUUAGUUUUAAUUAGU